CAAACGCACCAAACCUAGCGUUUGUCUGGCGCACGCGCCUAUCGCCCUUUCUGAGCGCAGCAUCAAGAACAUGGCGGACAUGACAACAGCAGACGGAGAGAAACUCAGCAAAAAGUCUGGCUACUGAAUGUGGUAGUUCAGCAUGCUGUGUCUGGUCAGAGCAGCCAGGCAACAGCUGAGCCAAGCCUUUGGGGUCAGGGGACAGUGGUUAAAAUGUGCACCCCCUUGUACAGCCGCAGUCUCAUCCCAAUUACAAGGAAUCCGUUGGAGAGGUGACAAAAGUGAGCUGAAAAGGCGAAUGAAAGCAGAGAAAAAGACAGCUGAGAAAGAAGCCAAAAUCAAAGAGCAGGUGGUGCAAAAGAAAGAAUCCAAUGAUCAAGCUGUCCAAAAUGACCAUGGGCUGGAUGAGGAGACGCUAGACCCCAAUCAAUACUUCAAGAUCCGAUCCCAGGCCAUCCAAGAACUGAAGGGCACAGUGGAUGACCCAUACCCACACAAGUAUCAUGUAGACUUGUCACUAACAGAGUUUAUUGAGAAAUACAAUAAUCUACAGCCUGGGGACCAGCUUACAGAUGUCAUUCUCAAUGUGUCAGGUCGCAUCCAUGCCAAGAGGGCUUCUGGUGCCAAGCUGCUUUUCUAUGACUUGCGAGGUGAAGGUGUCAAGUUGCAAGUUAUGGCAAACUCGAGAAACUACAAGUCUGAGGAAGACUUUGUGAGCAUCAAUGAUAAACUGCGCCGUGGUGACAUAAUUGGUGUCCGUGGAAACCCAGGGAAGACAAAGAAAGGGGAGCUGAGUAUCAUUCCUAUUGAGAUGACCCUGCUGUCACCAUGUCUGCACAUGUUGCCCCACCUCCACUUUGGCCUCAAAGACAAGGAAACACGAUACCGCCAGCGCUACUUGGACUUGAUACUCAAUGACAAUGUGAGACAGAAAUUUAUAAUUCGCGCUAAAAUCAUCACAUACCUACGCAGCUUCCUGGACCAGCUGGGGUUUUUGGAGAUCGAGACACCAAUGAUGAACAUAAUUCCUGGAGGAGCUGUGGCCCGCCCAUUUGUUACUUACCACAAUGAGCUGGAUAUGAAUCUGUUCAUGAGGAUUGCCCCUGAGCUCUACCACAAGAUGCUUGUGGUUGGUGGAAUAGACAGAGUGUAUGAGGUUGGUCGUCAGUUCAGGAAUGAAGGCAUCGAUCUCACUCAUAAUCCAGAGUUCACCACCUGCGAGUUUUACAUGGCAUAUGCUGAUUACCAGGACUUGAUGGAAAUCACAGAGAAAUUACUUUCAGGAAUGGUGAAGCACAUCACGGGGGGGUACAAAGUAACCUAUCACCCUGAUGGUCCAGAGGGACAGGCCUAUGAGAUUGACUUCACUCCACCGUUCAGAAGAGUGAGCAUGACACACGAUCUGGAAAAAAUAAUGGGAGUCCAAUUCCCCCCUACUGAUAGCUACGACAGCAACGAGACGCGGAAAUUCUUUGACGACUUAUGCACCCAAAAGGGAGUUGAAUGUCCUCCACCCAGGACCACUGCACGCCUCCUUGACAAGUUGGUUGGAGAUUUCCUUGAAGUCACAUGCAUCAACCCAACUUUUAUCUGUGAUCAUCCUCAAAUCAUGAGCCCCUUAGCAAAAUGGCACAGAUCACAGAAGGGCCUAACAGAGCGUUUUGAGCUCUUUGUGAUGAAGAAGGAAAUCUGCAAUGCUUACACUGAGUUGAAUGAUCCAAUCAGACAGAGGGAGCUGUUUGAGCAGCAAGCCAAGGCCAAAGCAGAGGGUGAUGAUGAAGCCAUGUUCAUUGAUGAGACCUUCUGCACAGCACUGGAAUAUGGUCUCCCACCAACUGCUGGCUGGGGGAUGGGCAUCGAUCGUCUCACCAUGUUCCUUACUGACUCCAACAACAUCAAGGAGGUGUUGCUGUUUCCAGCCAUGAAACCUGAUGACAAUAAGACAUCAGCUCCCUCAGAGGGCACCUCAGUGUAAUGACCUCUGCUGUCGUGUAUCUGCAGGAAUUUGUAUGAAGUGGGAGCAAUUUCCUCACUGUGCUCAUCAGUGGAGUCUGCAGGUUUUGUGCUUUAUCAAUGUUAACACAUUAAAUGUUGGAGCUUUUCUGUCAUUAAGGGAAAUCAUCUUGUCUCAAUUACAUGGUUGAUAUGGUAGCAAACAGUACUGAAUGCUUUUCCUUUGGAUUUCUUACAUUUCUGAGCUUAAAUUUGCUUCAUCCUCUUGGUUUGAUUUUCAGAGCCAUUUUAAUCGUUUCUAUCAUCCAGUUACCACUUGUACCCAGCGAAUGGGUCAGGAGGUCAUCCGCUGUUUUCUGCACACCUGGGUGUAAUACUUCAAAUACAUCUGAGUGUACUUUGAGUUUCUUAAGGGGUCCUUGAUUCUGGUUACCAAAUGUAUGGCAUGGAUGCACACCCUAGUAAAACAGCUUAAGCCUCUGAUAUUUUGUUUCCAUACAUUCAUGUGAUUUUUACCAGGUCUGCUCGUAUUACUUGUCUAAGAUUUUUCAAUCCAAUUCCAAUUCAACAAAUCCAAAAUCUCUCAGCCAAGAAGUUUAAAUUUGUAUGUCUGAAUAAAGUGCAUAUUAAUCAGCUCUA